CGUAAUAGCGGGAUACGUUCCCGCGGUGUCUGGCUGCUUCGUUACCGCGUCGUAACCAGAAUCGCGUACGCGAGGUGCGAGAACGCCCCAAGUAACCGUUUUCGUAACUAUCCGCGUGUACCGGGUGAAAAUUGCCGACUCGUGUUGCACGUUUUCCAGUCUAAUUGUGCGUACUGCGUAAACCGGACAGCGACUGGGAGGAGAGAAGAAAGAGAGAGAAAGAAAAAGAGAAAGAGUGAGAAGGGUCACGCAGGGACUGCAGAGAAAGGAAAGACGAAAGGAUUAUAUAUUCGAACAACAUGGCCACUGCAAUCGACGACCGGCAGGAGUUGUUGGAGCAAUUUCAAGAGAUCGACGAGGAUCGGGAUGGUUUCAUCAAUCUCACGGAGCUACGCAGCGCUCUGGACAUCUGUGGCUUCAAGAUGCCAGGCUACAAGGUUCGUCAGAUGAUCGAGGAGUACGACGACAAACAGAGAUCGGCGCAUAAAGGACGACUGUCCUUCGAGGAAUUCGAGAAACUCUGUAAAGAAUUGAAGGCCAACGAGUUAGGAUCCACGUUCAAGAUGGUGGUUUCGAAGAAGGAAAAUUUGGAGACUUUGGGUGGCAUUUCCGAGGCGUCUAGCGAGGGAACUACUCACUCGGUCAGACUUGAGGAACAGCUCGCCUUCAGCGACUGGAUCAACACGAAUUUAUCACACGAUCCUGACCUGAAACACCUGCUGCCCAUCGACGCGGAAGGCAAGACCUUGUACGAGAAGGUUAAAGAUGGAAUUCUUCUUUGCAAAAUAAUCAACCACUCCUGCCCGGACACGAUCGACGAACGGACAAUAAACAAGAAGAACCUGACGUUGUACAAGAAGCACGAGAACCUCACUCUAGCCCUAUCCUCCGCCCAGGCGAUCGGUUGCAACAUCGUGAACAUCGACGCUCACGAUCUAAUCAAAGGCUCUCCCCACUUGGUCCUAGGUCUUCUCUGGCAAAUUAUCCGAAUCGGUCUUUUCAAUCAAAUCACGCUGGAGAAUUGUCCAGGCUUGGCUACCCUACUUCAAGACGGCGAACGCAUCGAGGACCUAUUGAAACUCUCCCCCGAAUCGAUCCUACUCAGAUGGGUGAAUCAUCAUCUGGAGAACGCCGGUAUAGCAAGGAGAUGCCACAAUUUCCAAUCGGACAUCACCGAUUCCGAGAUCUACACGUACCUUAUCAAGCAAAUCGCUCCGCACACCGCCGGCGUUACUUUGGAGGCGCUAAUGGAACCGAAUCACACAUCUCGAGCGGAGAUUAUGCUGCAACAGGCGGCUAAAUUAGGCUGCCGCAGCUUCGUAACACCCAGCGACGUUGUCAACGGCAUCUACAAGCUGAAUCUUGCCUUCGUUGCUAAUAUGUUCAACAAUUAUCCGGGAUUGGACAAGCCUGAGAGCAACAUCGAGGGAUUGGAGUCGUUGGAGGAGACCAGGGAGGAGAAGACUUAUCGCAAUUGGAUGAACUCUAUGGGUGUGGUUCCGUACGUGAAUUGGUUGUACUCGGAUUUGGCCGAUGGUUUGGUCAUCUUUCAACUGUACGAUAUUAUCAGGCCAGGAACUGUAAACUGGAGUCGCGUGCAUAAGAAAUUCACCAAGUUGAGGAAGUUCAUGGAGAAGUUGGAGAAUUGUAAUUACGCCGUGGAGCUUGGGAAAACGAUGAUGAACUUCUCGUUGGUGGGAAUAGCCGGACAGGAUAUCAACGAUGGAAACGCCACGUUGACGUUGGCGUUGAUCUGGCAGUUGAUGAGAUCUUACACUUUGUCGAUUUUGACGUCGUUGGCUGGCACACAGGGUAGCACGCUGGUGGAGAAGGAGAUCGUGCAGUGGGUGAAUUCGAAGUUGCACGCUGCCGGGAAGACGAGCAGUAUUAAGGGUUUCCAGGAUUCGUCGAUAUCGGAUGGUAAGGUGGUGAUCGAUGUUAUCGACGCUAUCAAACCGGGGUCAGUGAACUACGACCUUGUGAAGGAGGGAGGAACCGAGGAGGCGAACCUGGACAAUGCGAAGUACGCGAUAUCCUUGGCCCGAAAAUGCGGCGCGCGCGUGUACGCGCUACCGGAGGACAUAACCGAGGUGAAGCCGAAGAUGGUGAUGACUGUGUUCGCCUGCCUGAUGGCGAUGGACUACAUCCCCAAUAUGGAUUCCGUGAAGCAGAACAACGUGCAGAACAACAGUCAAUAAUGUCGCGCCUCUUGCGACUUGUCCGCGCUGUGCACGGGAGGAACUGUGUCGACUGAGAUCGUGGUCUCCUCAGGCAUACCGUGAUCUCUUUUACGAAAGCGUAAUAAUUUGUAUAUACACAAACGUAGGUUAGGGUAGCUUGUUUUCCAAAACGAGAGCGAGUGAGAGAGAGAGAGAGUGCGUGAAAUAGAGAAGAAAAAGAAGAAAACAAAG